UUUUUUUAAUCUGUGUUGUGAUUGACUCUUCUAGAAAUGUGAAAUUAUUUUUUAAUUAGUUAUUGAUACGAAGGCGGGGCGGGCGAGCGGUGCGUGGGCGCAUGGCGUUGCUGUACCGCGCGACGCGGCUCAAAGACCGCGCCGAUACGCACGUGUUCACUUUCGUCGUCACCCGGUCCGCCACUAGGGAGCCCGACCGUGACGUCACCUCGAAAGACUUCAGCUGCGCGCACCAGCGAUGGGCCGUGGCGUUCAGUCGCACAGAUACAGCGCUAGGCGUCUAUUUGGUAUGGCGAGGUGUCUGCGAGGGUAUGCGAGUUUAUGUCGACUUCACUUUCACUCUUCUAAGCCGCGAUCACUUCACUGCUAAUGAAGGUUUCUCUGGGAAGCAGGUCCGUUUUAACGCAGGAUGUGCGGCUCAAGGCCGCGGGCGAUGCGUCUCUCUCGCCGAACUCACCGCAAAGUUCGCAGACGCACGCGGCGAGUUCCAACUCGAGUUGAGUAUGUCGCGUGUAAGAACUCUAUAUUCGUCUGAACUUCGUGCUCCUCGACUUGACACUCCUCCUUUUGCAUUCGCUGGGUUCGAUUGGUCUGUAUCAGCUACUGGUGGAAGUGGAAAAGAACCAUUAAGUCUGCGGUUGGUGCGAUUAUCAGGAGAAGGACAAUUAUGCAGAGUACGAUACGCUCUCGCUCUUGGUGAAGGUGAUAGACGGAUACACUCUGGACCACUCGAGUGCUUGUGUGAUGCAGAAGGCCGCACUCCGCCUUGGAUACCUCGUCCGCCUUCUCGACUUCUUCAUAAGGGCGUAAGAUUGACUGUGGAACUUGUAUGGGCAAGAGCUCUGGCUGAAUUGGCUGUUCCAGUAGGCGGAAGGGCGGCGACGUGUUACGAUCGUGAUAAGCAAGCGUGGGCGAUGCGCUGUGAUACACAUUCAGAACUAGUGAGACUUCACAUGUUGUAUCGGGACGUUCACCAUGUGCCCAGAAAUCAUCUUCGGUACGUCAGUUGGUCUGCGUGGUUAGUGCGUACUGUAUCAGCACCAGGCGAGCCAGAUGCCUGUGAGUUACCUGGUGCACCCUUUGAAAACUAUUACGCUCAAGAAAAUGCCGAUGAAGGUCUUAUGAUGGAGACGGCAUUGCGGGUUGAGGAUGUAUCCCGCGCUGGAAGUCCCUUCUUACAUCCUGGUGGAGAGGUGCGAGUGCGCAUCGAAUGGGGUGACACUUAUUUACUCUUCCAAGCUACCUAUCAUGUUUAUGAUGAUCUUUGUCGUUUACAUGCUCAUCAAAUGAGACGAGAAAUCGCUGCUCUACAAGCGGAGAACUACUCUCUGGAGCGGCAGCUGUUCAGCUACCAGAAGAGUCUGGCGUACGCGCAAGCGCAAGCAGGCGAACCGGCAACGGCGGAAGGCGGUGGUAGACGGUCACCAGCAGAACGGUCGCUGUCUACUGACACUGAGUAUGCUUGAGAUGGGUCUAAUCAGCGUUCUUCGUUGAUCUCUCUUAUUAUACCCACGAACUCUUCUCUCUUCUCGACUGAUUCUGACAUUUUUGAGCGAUUUAUCUAUUUUUCUAAGAUUUUAUGGCGAGGUGCGCCUCGUCCGCACCGCUUUCCGCCGGUCGCCUGCACUCUCGCCGCUCGGAUCUAUCGAUAGCUAGUAGUUAUAUUCGACUACUUUUUCUAUUUAUCUGUACAUAAAAUAUAUUUAGAUAUUAUAUAUUAUGUAUAUUUCUUAACUUGAAACUCGAAUUCAU